AAGAAAAGAAAAAGAACAACGAUUAAAAAACACACAUAUAGAAGCCCCUUUCUUCCUCUGGUCGUUUCCGUUUCUCCUUAUCGUUCUUCAUGCCAAACCCUAACCCAAAUCUGACUCGACAGAACUCCUAAAUCUGUUGGAAUGAUAAGGGACUAGUGCAAGAAAGGCUCGGAUUCAGCUUUUGGAGAGGAUCGCAGCCAAGAAAUUGAAGUUUUUAGAAGAAGAAAUUAGGAAUUGAAUACGAGUGACCAGACUGUGGUACAGAUGCUUGAGAUGAACAGAAAUCAUAGCUCCAUAGAACUUUAUGUCGGUGAACUUCCUCAACUAGUUAAUGAUGCUGGAUUAUAAAGAAAAAACAUCUUAUUAGGAAGGAUGAGCGACGAUGACUUUAAUGGGCAGACUUUGGCUGAGAAGUUGGCUAAACUUAACAGUUCACAGCAAAGCAUUGAGUCAUUGUCUCGUUGGUGCAUUACUCACCGGAAGAAAGCUAAACAAAUUGUUGAAACAUGGGAAAAGAUUUUCAAAUCUGCACCUCGGGAGCAGCAUGUUUCAUUUCUAUAUUUGGCCAAUGAUAUUCUGCAAAAUAGUAGGCGCAAGGGCAGUGAGUUUGUAAAUGAAUUUUGGAAGUUCCUUCCUGCAGCUCUCAAACACGUCUAUGAGGGUGGUGAUGAAAAUGGAAAGAAAGCAGCCUCCAGGCUGGUUGACAUUUGGGAAGAAAGAAAAGUUUUUGGAUCUAGAGGUCAGAGUCUUAAAGAUGAAAUACUGGGAAAGAAUCCUACUCCCGCAACUGCCAGCAAUGGAAAGAGCUCAAACCCUAUCAGAGUCGUGAAGAGAGAUGCUCAAUCAUUAAGAAUUAAACUGGCUGUUGGGGGUUUGCCAGAAAGGAUAAUAUCCGCAUUCCAUUUGGUCCAUGAAGAAAGUGUCAAUGAAGAAGCUGCUUUUAGCAAGUCCAAAAGUGCUGUUUCCUGGUUUAAAGAACUUGGAAAAGACAUUGAAAGCUCUUCACAUGCGGGAAGCCUGCAAGGUUCAGAGUUGGUAGAAAAGAUGCAAGAACACGAGAAUGCCCUUAGGCAUUGUGUUACUCAACUAGAAAAUUUUGAAACUACUAGGCUUGCAUUGGUUUCACAGCUUAAUGAAGCACUUCAAGAUCAAGAAUCAAAGCUGGAGCUGAUACACAAUGAAUUGGAGGUGGCCCGCAGUCAGAUAGAGCAAACUUUAUGUGUAAAGCAGAAGCUGGUAUCAUCAUCUUAUCUGGCUCCCCAAUCUAAUGCUGGUAGCCAACUUAUGGAGGCUGCAAGGGUUGCUGAAGCAAGCUUGCCUUUGACCCAGUUAUCAAGCACGCCUAUCCUUCCGCCAACCCCUCCUAUAACUUUUAAUUCUUCAAAACUCAAUGAAGAGGAGAAUAAGAAGGCAGCAGCAGCUGCUGUCGUGGCAAAACUUGCUGCUUCCACAUCCUCUGCACAGAUGCUUACUUCUGUUCUUUCAUCCCUUGUUGCAGAAGAGGUUGCCUCUAUGAGUAAUGGUUUAACUUCAACUGGAUUCUCUUCUAGUUUACCUUUUGGAUCCCCAGAGAAAAGGCCAAAGGUAGAGAAUCCUGUGCGUUUUUCUGAGGUGAAUCAUUCUGAUGGCAGUCAUGCUGCAUUCUUUGCUUCUGCACAGCAGACAGUAAGUAACAUGCCAGUUGGUGCAGCCAAUGGGAUGCAGCUUAUGUCCCAGGGAAACCAACUUCAGGCAACAUUCCCGCAACCACCACCGCUGCCGCCGCCACCGCCCCAAUCUGUAACACCUGGAAAUUCUUCUGCAACUCAGUUAGGCCAAUCUGCUGCAAUGAUGAUAGGGGUUCCCUAUGGAUAUGGUUCAAGCAACCUUCCACCUCCACCUUUGCCUCCACAUAUGCCAAUGGGAUUUGCUAGGCCAGCUCCUUUACCAACUCAGCAACCACCUCCUCAGCAGCUUCAGAACCAGCAGUCUCAGCAGCAGCAGCAGGCAGCUGCUGGUGGAUAUUAUCGGCCUCCAGGUAUUGGAUUCUAUGCCCAAGGUCAUCAGUCAGCAACUCCACCUGUACCCCGGCAGUGAGCAGUCAUUGUGGAAAGAUUAGACCUCUUUUUGUAUAUUAAUAGGACAGUAUUGUUAAACACUAGGAACAACUAUCUUUACUUUUACUUUCCUUUGGUAUACCAGCUUACCCAGGAAUCUUCCUUUUUCUUUGAUUUUUUUUCCUUUCUGUCACUCCAUCUGCAUAUGAGCCAAAUGUUACUAGGUACUUUGUGUAUUAUUAGCUUAUAUGUAAAGUAGCAUUUUGUAGAAUUA